AUGAACGACGAAGCUCAUGUGCGGGACCUACGAGUUUCUAUCGGAGAGGAGGCAGCGAUGAGGGCGGCCGAACUUCAGCAGAUGGAAAAAGGGCAGAAACAGGCACCCUCUUACGAUCAAGGAGAAAUGUUAGCACAACGGCAGAUAGUUCCAUCACGAAAGCCUAUUCCAGGAGGAAAGGUACAAGAGGCAUCAUUGGAGAAUCCUCGCAGUUUGGGGACGAUGAUGCCAUAUCCUGAGCAACCGCCUAUCGCCCAACACCUCAAUUUGAUAAGACCAUCAUCCUCUACAUCUAAUGUACAAUACGGAAUCGACUCUUUGCAGAUUCGUCAUGGCACCGGGACUCCUUUAUCACGCCCUGGCAGUACGACCACUCUCCAUACACAGAUUCGGAAUCUACAACGACAACUGGAUCUCAAGACGGAGGAAGCAGUGCAGUUGAAGAGACAGCUUGAGGUACAAGAAGAUGCAGAUGUGGGCACACUGAGCCAGCAGCUACGAGAAGCCAAACGGGAGGCACAUAUGUGGAGAGAAAGAGCCGAGAGUGCAGAACGAAGGAUCAAGGUGUUUGAACGAUUCACAUCGAGACUCAACGGAAUACGGGAGGCAUCGGUACUUUCUCAAGAAGCUGUUGACGCGGGCGACAAACUCACCGGUCCAGAAUAUUUCGUUGGAGAUGCAGAGAAGAGAGGGCAAAAGAAUGCAUUCUUAGAUGAUGUCGUAGGAUAUGAAAGUGAUAGCUCAGGGAGAACAGAAGAUGCUGGACUUAUCACAGCUCGGAUACGCAAAUGCCUUCAUGGCUUAACAGAUGGCCCCUCAGACAAACCUCUCUUUGGAAUCGACCAGAACCGAGACAUUAUCUUGAGCGAAGAACCAGAGUCGGACAUAAACCCAGGUGCAGUCGAAACUUGGAUGGCAACACAGGAGUUCCUUCAGGGCGAAGCUCAGGGGCAUAGGCAGCUGAGUUGA